GGAUGAGUCACAUGACCAAGCACAGUCCAGCUGAUAAACAUGGCGUCUGUCUAUGUGUGAGAGCGUUGCUGUCUGAAAAUCGACAUUUGUGUGGAUCAGAGCGACGCACUUCAGCCCUGUCCUGAAAAACACGAUGGACGGGAGACUUGGACUCAAGAACAGAUGGAAAAGAGGGACGGACGCUCUUCCCUGAUGCCGCUUUUCCUGUUUCUCUUUCUGCAGAAAAAAGGAUGAUUUGCUGCCUGUUGGAACGCGGAUCUUGGCGCUACAAAGCUGUGUUUAAGAGCUACACAUUUUUAAGUUAGACUCAUGCAAACUGGAGCUCGUUUUAUUUCCGUGCUUCAAUAUGGCUGCAUAGAUAAUAGAUUUUUGUGUCCAGUCUUUUGAUGCUUCUGUGAGUUUCUCAUGAUCACACCUCCAGCACUGAGAUGUGUGAAGAUCUGACCAUCAUGAGAAGUCUCAGCAGACUUUCUGUGGUUCUGUUCUGGCGGGUUUCUUGAUGACUGUCUGUGGUGCUGCUGUCUCUAAUGCCUUUCCUGGCAGAACCACUAUGAUCGGCUCCCCGGAUGUGGUGGCUUUCACUAAAGAGGAUGAGUCUAGUCCAGACUCGUCUCCUCUCCCAGAGGAGUUUUCGGUUUCUCUCCACCCACCGGCCGACUCCAACCCGUGGGCCAAAACGUCUUAUGCCAAAUUCAUCAAAGACUUCAUCCUCAUUUCAGAGUUCUCUGAGCAGGUGGGCCCUCAGCCUCUCCUCACCAUCCCCGAUGAUCCUAAAGUGUGUGGCACCUUUGAUCUCAACUACUUCUCCCUGCGCAUCAUGUCCGUGGACUACCAAGCCUCCUUUGUGGGUCACACACCUGGAAGCGGCUAUCCGAGGCUCAGUUUUGUAGAGGACUCCAGGGUGGUACUGGGGGACUCCAAAGAGGGGGCGUUUGCUUAUGUCCAUCACCUCACCCUUUAUGACCUGGAAGCUAGGGGCUUUGUGCGGCCUUUCUGCAUGGCCUAUGUUACAGCGGAUGAGAAGAAAAUCAUGCAGCAGUUUCAAGAGUUAUCACUCCGCUUCUCACAGGCCUCAGAGUGCCUGAAAGCUGGAAACAGGAGAGCAUUCGCCAAAGAACUCCAGAGAAAACUUCAAGACCUCGAGUACACCCACUCUGUGUUGCAGAAGGAGGAGGGUCUGCAGAGGGAGGCGGGGCCCCAGAGCAUGUACUCCGCCCACGCCGUGGAGAAGGCCAACGAACUGGCGAACGUGGAAAAGAGCAUCUACGAGCACAGGGACCUGCUGAAGCAGAUCAGCUCCUACCAUCGGCGUCAGCGGCGCGACCCGUACGCCGUCAGCUGCCAGAAGUGUGUUAGCGAAUGCCUGAGCGAGUGUGAGGAGCUUUUAGACAAAUACGCCAAGCUAGCCAGCCCCUUCAGCUACAGCCAAAAGGGGCUGACUGGAGAGGGAGGUGACAGUGGCGAAGGGGAAGAGGAGGGAGACAAAGAAGAAAAACCAUCCUACACGCCGCAGCUGAUCAAAGGCAAGUCUGCCAAGUGUUUCGACAAACGGCUGAAGACCCUGCAGGAGCUGUGUGAUGAAACGUUCUACGAGGCCACCGUGGAGCUGCUGAAGGAGACCGAGAGGAGUUUCCGGGGCGACCUGUGUUACUUACACAUCCGACGCUUGGACAGAGCCUUUCGCAGGAAACAUAAAGUUGUCAACUUCCUGUUUGAGGAGGAUCUGGAAGACCAUGAGAGUGAGGAUGAAGCUGGAAGACUGAGACCGUUCUGCGCUGUGAAUCAUUCCAUUGAUAACUGUGUGCAGUUGAUUCCACCUCACAUUGUUUUGGCAUCAGAAGCGGUGGAAAUAAGUCAACCAGAACAUCCAGGCCCCGCUCAUGUGGCGUUUGAGGCCAGCGCUGCUCAGGAGCUUGGAACUGUGGAGAGCUAUCUGGAGUCCUCUGCCUCUGACCAGACUUUAGAGACUCAGGAGAGCUCGGAGGAGACGAAAGGAAGCUUUAGCAGCGACAGGAGUGGAGUGGAUCAAGCUGAGAAACAAGAGAGUUCUGAUCCAACACCUGACCAGAACACGGACAUGGAGCGGGAGAGCAGCAGUGAUGACAUGGAGACCACUGCAGGGGAGGAUGAGGGGGAGAACAAGGAAGACCAGACGCCUGUGUCCUUAUUGGACGUGGUUUCUGAGCUGGAGGCGUUUAAGGAGGAGCUGGUAUCUGAGCCGCCAGUUCCAGGGGAUUCUACAUGCUGCAUGGCCCAGGAGGGUUUCCUGUACGAGGCGUCAGGCCCUCAUGCCGUGUCUUGUCGCCAACACUCUGAGCUCUCCCAAACUCUGGUGGUCAGGCGGGAGCCUCACGCCCUCCUCCCACUUCAGGGCGACUACACUGUGGGGUCUCCGAGCUCAGGAAGCCCUGCAGCUGGACUGGAGCUUCCUGUGGAGAUCUUUGGAGAUGCAGUUUUCCAGAUGUCUGCAGAGGAUGGGUCAGACUGCACCAUGAGCGCCUCCACGGGGUCCGAUCGAGCUGCCUCGCCUAUCGGCUUUGGGGGCGUGGCGACCCUUCGUGAGAAGAAAAAGGGUGCUCAAAGCACCUUGAGGUUUGUGCGUCAGUAUCCCUUCUCCAUGCAGGCCCUGUGGUGUCUGCUGAGCGGCAGGACUCUGGUGGUCCUCGGGGCAGAUGAGGGGCGUGUCCGCCGCCUGGUUGCUGCUUUAACUCUGUUUGUACCAGCUGCUGGGAAGUGUGGAGAGCGGGUCCAAGCCUGGCUGUCGUGCCCCUUCACCCUCACGGAUCUGCAGAGAUGGAAACUCAUUGGACUGCAAAGAGUUGCAUCACCCUUGGGCUCCAGCAUGCUCCACUCGCUGUCCCGCUACAGCCGCUACAUUUCCAUUUUAGAUGUUGAUCAGAAGACCUUGCGCUGCCCUCCGUAUCGUGGCCGGCUGCUCGCGAACAUCGCCGACCACCGCACCUUCAUCCGCAGAGGCUCCACCUACCUCCUCCACAUUCAGAGCACGCUCUGCCGCCUGGCAGCCAAGGCCUUCCUGCUCGCCUUCACCCACCACCUCCAUGUGCCGGUCAGCUCCGAGGAGGGGCCAGAGGACAUAGAGGCCAGGCGUCGCGGUUUCCUGCAGGAGCAGCUGGGGUUGGAUGAGGAGGACAGCCAGAUUCUGCUGCACCUCGGCCGCCUCAUCACUCAGCAGUACCUGCAACCCCCCAGCACUGUUGCAGCCCCGGCUUUCAGUUUUAACUACACCACCAGCGUUUUAUACAAAAUCUGAUGCUGUUUACCCUGGAGUUUUAUCCCUGUUUACCCUCUGCCUCUGAAGGAGGCAGGGGGUUCCUGAAUGUCCUGGACUGGUUCCUUCAGGCUCUCAAGCACACAUCACAGCGCAGAUGAAGCUGGCUCCACGUCUGUCAGCAUUUCUUCUUCUUCUUUCACUUCCACUGUGAAAUGGAAAAGAGUCGCUCACGUGUCUGCUAUCACUGAACAUGUCCAUGAGUGUUGGUUUGACUUCUGUUCACAGGUACAGUCUCAGUUCAGCGUUACAACCUAGCAGCUAUGGUACAUUCCAAACCAUAAGGUGUUUUUUCGCUGAUUAUUUCUGAGAACAAAUGUCAUUUCAGGCUACCUGAUUGGCUGGUUACAGCUGGUAAUGUGACAUGGCUCUUUCGCUUCCAUCCGCCUUCCAUAUCUGUUUGUUUCCCUCUCUAAAACUCAAUGGUGCAUUCCUGCGGAAGAAUGUUUGUUUUGCUCCGAGUUGUUACAGGAUUUCUACAUUUUCUGAGGAUGCCUGAACUGAUUUGAAGGGUCAGGCUUCAGAUUGGAGUCGGAUUCCCUUCGGUCCUCGUUUAUGAGCUUAUGUCCAAUGUUACUCUCAUCAGGACCAGCAGCUACGACCAAAACCACCACCCUUAACUGCUGCUGGUGGGCAUUUUCAUGUAUAUUAGCCACACAACAAUCGAUUUUAAAGCAUAUGAACUUCAAUGUAUUGAACUUCACUGUUGUCCUUAAGUUGCGUGAGUGUUGUGGUGUCAGCAUGAGACAGUCUUGUGCUCAGGUGAUUACUGUGUUGGUAACGUUUAUUGUAUCAAGAUGAACAGACUCGCAGAGGAAAACAUCUUUUUAAUGUUUACAGCUCUUUUUUUAUUUCCAGUGCCAUUAAAAAUUUUAACUUUAGUUUAAUAAUCUCUUUUAUUUUAUAUAUGACUUCACUAAUGAGCACUUUUAUUUUGUUGGGUCCUUACUUUUAUUUUCUAUUUUUGUCAGUGAAACUGUAUGGAUUUUGACUUAUAGGUCAGAGCUGUAAGCAAAAGUUCAAAUUGAGUGAAAGCAUCACAAUACAAGCAAGGAUUUCAACAAAGGUCAACUUUUUUUUUUGAGUUUUGUUUCACUUUUUUGCAAUUUUUGGCAAAAAUGCAGCAUGUGUUUAGCAUCUUUGUUCAAGGUAUUGCAUCUUUUUAAUGUUGUGCUAAUGCAAAAAAAACAUGAAUGUAACUUGAGAAAGCCAUACCACAGUGUGCUUAACAUGUUGUCACCCAGUGUCCUUACUGUGUGUUGCUGUUGUCGUGUUUUAGUCAUCUUUGCUGCUUCAGGCCUGCAGGAUGGCUGUCAUUUCCAGUGAUUUUAAUAAAGCAUGAAUACUCAGAUGUUUUUUUUUUUUUUUUUUUCAUUUCUGGGAUCAGCGCUGAAUCUUACUGUUGAACAGCUUCAUGUUUCUGUGACUCGCCUCAGCGAUGACAAAAGUGUCAGGGGUGUCAUGAAUAAUAAAUAAAUACUCAUGUG